AAAAAUGACGGUACCGGUGGAAAAUGUGAGGGAUGUAUUGUCUGUCAGAGUGAUGCGAUUAAAUCGUCCAACGUUUGUUAUACAACGAUGUGAAUCAACUGAACUUUAUCUAGAUGAUAUAGCUGGUUGUUUAACAACAUCUGAUGCCGGUAUACGUGGAGAUCUUGAUGGUGUUGCGUUAAAUCUUCUAUCUAAUGGGAAUAUACCUUUUUCUUCAAAUUUGAAAGAAUCUCUUAACUGUGAUACUGCAUUAACUAAUGACAGUAAAGAAAACUAUGAUUGCGGUAUACAACCGAAAGUUGGAGGUUAUAGUGAAUUGUUAAGUUUAACUCAUUCUUUUGGUUUGAAAAUUCAGCUUCCUACUUUUGGUGAUAUUCAAGUGAGAGUGUCAAGUCUUCCACCUACUGUAACAACAGAACAACCAUUCACUAUGAAAUUUGAAUUGACAAAUUGUAGUAAAAUGAAUUUAGACUUGAUACUUAGUCUGCAUUCAUUUCGACGCAAUGCUUCUGCAUCCAUUCCAUUACAAUCAUCAUUGAAUGAUAAAGAGAAUACAUUGAACAAUGAACAAAAUGUUAUUCAAUGCAUAAACAAUUGUUAUUUAUCACCGAUUGUUUGGUUAAGUAGAACAAAACAAAAAUUAGGUAAAUUAUCACCUGGUCAAUGUGUUCCAUUCGAAUUGAAUUUAAUGGCUACUGUACCUGGAUUACAUAUGAUUUCCGGUUUAUGUAUUCAUGAAUUAACAAUGAAUCGUGAUUAUGAAUUUAACAAUUUAGCUCAUGUGCUUGUUUUUGCCAAUAAUUCUGUUCCAAUGUAAUUUUCUUCUCUCGAUCUCUCUUGCUGCCUCUCUCUCGUUGCAUAAUCUUAAUCGUUUGCUUAUAACUAAUGUAUGUGAAUAAAAUUACAUCAUCAUAUCUACACAUAUAUAUUACAAUUGUAUGUCUUUUUUUAUUUAACAACCUUUUGUUUUCACAUCUACGGUAUAUUUUGUUUGGAGUGUUUCAUCUUACCUACUUACUUACUGACUUGCGCUUGUUACUCCUAAUGGAACAUAGGUCGCCGACCAGCGAAUUAUCUGUUCUGGUUAACGUUUUUCCUUCUAGCGAAAUAGAUCUCUACGGGAGGACGUUGCUAAGCUCUUUGCCCAACCUUUCUCCUUUAUCCAAGAGCUUGUAGUGACUCUAGAAGAACUCCAGGUGGAGUUUAGUUUGUUUUUAAUUUUUCCUUAUUUACUUCAGCUGACUUUUUAUGUAUUCAUCAGCGAAUAAAGGUGAAUUUUUGGAUUUUUCUCUCUCUAGUGAUUUAUUUAUUCUAUGCAAGAUUCUUGUUCUCUCUCUGUGUGUGUAUACAGUUGUUAGUUUUGUUUUCAUAUUUUUUUCAAUUAUCAAAAUCGAUAAUAAUGUUGUACCAUAUUCCUUACUUACUUAUUUACUUACUUACUUACUUCCCUACACCUGUUACUCCGAAUGUAGCAUAGGCUACUGUGUAUCAUAUGAAAAUAAUAAUCGGAAUUUGAAAUGGAAUGUCGUUUUUCUUUUCUUUUGUUGGUUCUGUCGAUCAUUGAAUCAUUCAUUUUAUGCUGGUAGUUCAUUU